UUAAGUGCCUUUGAGCACAAAAGGUGUCAUUAAAAACAGCGUAACAACAUUGUCAGGGUAAGAAUAAAAGAUCUUGAGAAAAAUAAACGCUUUGUUCAGGAAAAAGACAUGCAACGAGCCUAGGAUACGGCUCGAGUGUCCUAAUUAUAGAAAUAUGCAGCAUCUUCGUGCAUUUAAGGUAGCUCGUGUUAACAUUCUCUAGAAACGAGUUUCCUCGUGAUGUGGCUCGGCUUUAGUACUGGAGACAAAUUGCACUAAAUAAAACGGGAGGGGGGGGGGGAGGUGCAGGGAAUAACGGGGAGGAGUCACCCGAACUUCAAGAUCUCGAUCGUUGUCGAAUGUCAUUAUUUCUUUUAUUGCAUCUGUCCCUAACCGAGCGAUCGGGUUACAUUACGGCAAAUUCAGCUUGAAUGGAGCCUUCGCUCCCCAUUCCCCCUCCCUCCUCCCCAGCUAGAGGGGAAAGGAGCCCCCAGGAGCAGCACCGGGAGAGAGCGAGGCAGUUAGCCAGGCACGGUACAAGAGGGAGGGGACAAGUGAUCGACAGAUCCAAUGAGGAAACGGCAGCCAACUGGCUUCCAAGGAGGCUGGAGACAAUUGAUCUGCGGGAGCUGGCUCAGGUUCCCUCUUCAACGUGAGCAGGAGAAACCUUAGCUAUGUAGUUGUGCUACUCGCCCUAGCCGAGCCUGGAGCUUCGUGGUGGUCGCAGAUACUCUGGAAUCUCGGCAAAGCCAAGGCUGGAAGCGGGUUCCUUGCUUUUUUUCUUUUUCGGCGUGCCAUUAUUUCAUUGACAAGAAGCAAAGCGCUUCAGUCCGUCAUUCAGCCGCCGGCAACUCCCCACGUGGACUCCCGGGUGCGGAUCACAUUGGCAAGCGGGUGCUGCAGACUUCAAGCAGUAGCAGUAGCGGCAGCGGCAGCGGCAGAAGAGAGAGGCGGCUUUGCAGAGGAGUUCGCCGGUGCCGCUGCGGCUUAGCGAGCGUGCAAGUUGCGGGAACGGGCCAAGGGGAGAGACGCAGCCCGAGCUUUUGAUCCGGGGCGCCGCGAUUGCAGCAAGAGCAGGAUGCCGGCAGCUGCUGGGGACGGGCUUUUGAGCGAGCCCACGGCGGCGAGCUUCAGCGACGACGAACCCACGACGCCUCCCCUCAGUCCGGAGGGGACUUUCCUGGCCGCCUGGGUCAACGCUUCGGCCUCCCGGGAGCGCAUCCGAGAAUUCCAGCACACCAAGCGGGUCGGCAACUACCUGAUCGGCCGGAAGUUAGGAGAAGGCUCCUUCGCCAAAGUGCGGGAAGGGUUGCAUGUUGUAACCGGAGAAAAGGUGGCAGUGAAAGUUAUUGAUAAAAAAAGAGCGAAAAAGGACACCUAUGUGACCAAGAAUCUGAGACGGGAAGGCCAGAUCCAACAAAUGAUUCGUCAUCCUAACAUUGCUCAACUGCUGGAUAUCUUGGAAACUGAAAAUAGUUACUACCUUGUCAUGGAACUAUGCCCAGGAGGCAACUUAAUGCACAAAAUCUAUGAGAAAAAAAGGUUGGAAGAGCAUGAAGCACGCAAAUACAUCAGACAGCUUAUAUUAGCAGUUGAGCAUCUACAUCGGGCAGGGGUUGUUCACAGAGAUCUGAAGAUAGAAAAUCUUUUGCUAGAUGAAGACAACAAUAUCAAGCUUAUUGACUUUGGCUUGAGCAAUUGUGCAAGUAUCCUGGGCUACACUGAUCCAUUCAGCACCCAAUGCGGCAGUCCUGCUUAUGCAGCACCAGAGCUUCUUGCAAGGAAGAAAUAUGGUCCCAAAAUAGAUGUUUGGUCCAUUGGUGUGAAUAUGUAUGCAAUGUUGACUGGGACACUGCCGUUUACUGUUGAGCCAUUCAGUCUGAGAGCUUUGUACCAGAAGAUGAUUGACAAAGAAAUGAAUCCAUAUCCUACUCAGCUUUCCACAGCAGCUGUAAACUUCUUAAAAAUUCUGCUAGAACCAGAUCCUGCAAAGAGACCAAACAUCCAACAAGCAUUAGCAAAUCGUUGGCUUAGUGAGAAUGGGAAAGCACUGAAUAAUGUUAUUUAUCCAAACAGAAUACAUCUACAAGACAUAAGUCAGAGUGUGCUGCUGUAUAUGACAGAAAAGCUUGGCUAUAAGAAUAGUGAUGUGAUCAACACUAUCCUUUCAAACAGAGCUUGCCACAUGCUUGCCAUCUACAUCCUUCUUAAUAAGAAGCUAGAACGCUAUACAGCAGGCAUAAAAAAAACUGAAGCUUCUGAUAAUAUGUGCACUAACCAAUUGUGUCGGUUAGAAAAAUACAAAUCAAAUAAGGAUUCCUAUGAGGACAAAAAAAACAAGGAACAAGAAGCAAAGGAUGAGCUUUCUCAUCCAUUCCUGAAGAAAUUUGAGAAAAGUCCGCCAGCAUACAAAGAGCCUUCCUCCUGCCUUACAACGCAGAUGCAAAACAAGAAGUCUCUGUUAAGUGAUCGAAGAGCAAGUCAUGGAGGACUGCCUGAAAAAGAUUCUCCUAGUAAUUUGAAUCCUUUCCAUGAAGCAGCAACAGGCAAGGUGGGCUGUGUCACCUCCUACUCUUUGGAAUACCUUGAAAUUCAGCAACCAGUUCCAAGAACCCCAAGACUCGGGAAACGACAAGAUUCACCUCAACAAGAGCCCUCAAGUCCGGGCAGUCAGAAUUUGGAUUCUCCUUUGAUUCUGAACAUUGUGCAUUCUUUUGAAACUGGUGAUCGAGAGGAUCAGAUAGACCAAGUCUCUCCAUCUCAUCAGUAUCAAAUGCUUAGCUCACCAGUAAAUUUUGGUCGAAGAAGUUCCAGUGAAAGAACAUUGUCUCCCCUCUUCCAGCCUGGGGGCACUUCUCCUAGUCCCACUAAAAGUCCAGGGCACCCCACUCAACUUUCAUUUACCUACGAUGAGAAGAGCAGCUCUUUCAAAGAAGAAUCUGUCUCUCCAACACAGCUGAAUGUCUCCAAUCCUUUGGGGAGCCCUAAUUGUGUGAAAAGUAGAGGCCGAUUCCCUAUGAUGGGCAUUGGACAGAUGAUGAGGAAAAGGAAUCAGUCAGUGGGAUCUCCCACAGAAAAGUCUCUGGAAGCAAGAAUGCCUCAGUUGCAACAAAUGAGCCCCACGCAAAUUUCAUUCAGUAUCACAGAUCCUAUAAAUGGCCAGUGCUGAGCCAUUUUAAAAACCUCAAAUUAUUUAGUGCUGGUUUUGGGGACCCUCCCAUUGAAACUUACAUUCACUUUUUUUUCUGUACAGUUUGUUAUUGUAUCAAAAGCCCAACUAUUGUGGCAUUUGCUCAUGCAGAUUACAAAAAGAUAAGUAUGUCAAGUGAUGUAAAGUGUUUUUUAAAACCUACAUAAUCUUACGUAGGUAGCGUUUGGCUGUAUUCUUAUAUUAUCUAUAAAUAUAUGUAAACAAGAACACUCCAGGUUAAUAACUUGACUAAAUGGUGAAAUAUUAAUUGGUUAGAAUGCUACUUUUAUUUCUGAAGCUAUGAUACUGAAUUUGUGCUUUUCUGACACCAACAUUGUACACAUCACACAGAGGAAGGAAAAAAAAUGUAUCAUUUCCCCCUACUUCUCAGAUAAAUUUGUCUUCUUAGGUACAUCCAGGAGGAAAAAGAAAUAUAGCAGAAAGAACUUGGAAUAAAAGCAAAAAGCUAGACAGAAUGAAACAUAGGGGAAAAAACAAUUUUACUAUAUCUUAAGUAUUACAUCACUUAAAAUCUGUAUUUUUUCUAAAGAAAAGGCUGACUUGCAAAGCUAUGCUACCAAACAGGGAUAUAAUCAUCUUAAAAUAAGGAAAUCUGUUUUCAGAUUUUAUUUUCAUCAUGAGACUAUACUUUUAAAAAGGCUUAUCUUUUUUGUAUAGUUGUACUAUUUCCGUGAAACUGUCCAUAGAACAGCUAUAUAAUCUCCGUUUUAGUAAAACAGUGUUAAAUAUACUUGAAAUUGUUGCUGGAAAACUUUGCACUGUAUUAAGAGGAUGUGAACCAUGAACAUAUCAGCUGUCCAUUUACAAAAGUAAUGAUUGGACAUUUAGCAGAAUAUUGAAAAAAAUCAACAGUAUCAUAAACCAGAAAGAUUAACAUUUUUGACAAGUAAAUAUCUUCUGUAUUUUAAAGUUCUUUUUAUUUCACAGUAAAAAAAUGUCAACAUAAAAAAUAGGCUUCUUUUGUGCAAAUAUUUGGCUGAAUUGUUGAUCAUAAUAAAAUUAGCCUGGCAGAACAGUAGAUUGUCACUAAUAAUGUGUGCUUUCCCUCUUUUUUAGCAUGCACAAUAUGGGGAUGUUAAUAUCUUAGAAGGCAAAUCAGAACUAAAUACUUAUUUUGAUACUUGAUCUUUCUGACAUAUUAAGAAAGGCCAACAGCUUCAUAGAGAAAACAACUCAUUUAGCUUCAAGACUGGACAAGCAUUUAAAGUCAUAGUACUCCUUUUAAGUCAGUGAAGCUGUUCUCAUACGGAUGAGCACGUCAAGAUGAAAGCACUCUGGCUGGGUUUUUUUAUUCCAAAGGUAUUACUUUCAUCCAGGAGUAAAAAGAUAUUCCCUUGUACAGGAAGAUCUCCAUAAUUACUCAUAGCUGUAAGGUAGCACUGUACCCAGCUGCAAGCCCAGUUGCUGGGAUCAGCUUUCUUAAACAGCCAAUGAAUGGUGAUGCCUGUACUUUUGGGAGUGUACGAUUAGAUGUUUGUCUGUAUAGAGAAAAUUCCCUAUAAAGAACAAAGUAGCAGUUGAGAAAAAUUUAAGCUUAGUCUUGUCCCUGAUUGGCAAAUUUUCCCAGCAUCAGAAUAUUUUCCCCCAAUGAAUACACUUACAUUCCACCUUUUGUGUCCACACAUGCAGUCUACGAUUUUCUUUAUAUUCAUAUUCUACCUUUAUUAUUAUUUAUAAAUACCUUAAAGCAGUUUACAUAUCUAAUGCUCUUGCCUCCUCCUAAAAUGUGAAAUUGCUAAAAUUACAAUCAAAUCUGCUCUUCAUGUUCUCAAGAAACCACAGAAUGAAAGCACGUUGUGCUUCACUGCUUUUGGUCAGGGCCAAGGUUGUAAAUAUUUCAGAAAAAAGUGUUUCCCUAUGUCCAAACCACAUCCCUCCCCCAUGUAUAGGAAAGUUCAGUAGGGCUAGUAAUAAAAUCCGAAAUACCAAUGCUCUUCGCUUUCGUCACCUAGUUGACCUUGACUGGGCAACUUUAUUAUGGUUACAGCCUUGCCAGUUUCCUACAAGCAAAGUUAAUGAAGCUGGAAGGGAAGAUUGCAAGUCACUGCUUUUGCUCAACAACCUCUCUCCAGCAUGUACGCACACUCGCACAUGCAGCAGCAUCCCUCUAGCCCACAGGCACUUGGGCAGUGCCACACAGAGCCCUUCCAGCUCACCACAGUAACUUCUUCCCACUACUCACCCAUACCCUGGCUGCCUAUGAGCUACCGGAGACUUGAAACUUCCAGCUAGUUUCUUGAUCAACUUUCUUUGUGGGAAGCCAGUAGGAAGUUGCAAGUAACAAUCAUAUGAGGUCCUUUCUUAAUGAUCCAUAAUUUUUAAGAACUGUAAUAGGGCUCCUAGGAUUGUUAUCACUAAGAUGUCAUGUGAUGUCUGCUUUAUGAUCACGUUACCUAGUAAUGGCAUUUCUGGUCCUAAUUAUUGCUAUUAAAUGAGGACUAUACUUCCCCCCCCCACCCUAGACCUUUUCCAUGAACAAAGCAGACUGUGUUUCCC